CUUUGCACAAAGCCUUCAACAGAAGACGACGUCCUCUAUUUCCGGCUACAUCGAGGUUUGCUUCGAUUAUCUUUUUCAAUUUUACCACAUCCCUAUCAGGCUUGCCUUCUAAAAGGCAUACUUUAUUUUUAUUUUCAAUCUGCCUGAUAUGCAAUAAAUAAACUUCUAGAUAAUAGAGAUCUAAAUCAGUUAAUGAACUGAAUUGUGAAUUUUAUUGUUCUUUGUUCAUGAAUCACGCUUAGCGGUAAACUGUUGUCAAAUUUUAUGAUUCCUGGCGGUCCUUUGUUCAAUUGUUCGCAUGUAGUUCACUCAAGAAACCAUUUUGGCGGAUUAGCUUGAUGCGUAAUGGCCAGUGUUUGUCGAAGAAAAACCACAUCAGGCGCAAGAAAUGAUUUCAUAAGUCAACUCCCGGCAGAGCUGAAGGAAUCAAUUCUAGGGUUGCUGAACAUACGUGAAACCGCCAGAAUGGCUGUGCUUUCAACUUGCUGGAAGGAUGCCUGGUAUGCUCACGGCCAGCUGGUUUUUGAUUUGGACUUCUUCUCAUUUUCCACAAUAUCACGGUGAAGAUGAACCCAUAGAUUGCACCGAAAUAAUAAACCGAUGUCUCAUGCUCCGGACAGGACCCGUUAAGAAAUUUACACUGGUGAUUUCACACUUUGAGCAUUAUAAUAUCCAUAGAAAAAUUCUCUCACCACUCUCAGCGGAUAUAGAUCGUUGGUGUCUGUUUCUGUCGAGAAAUGGCAUCGAGGAACUUCACAUCUCUAUUGUGAUAUUCUCAAAGAAACAUAUACUCUUCAUGAUUGUAUAGUCACUUGCCCAACAAUUAAGCGACUCGCACUUGGUGCGUUGGAUUUUGGCUUCCCUGUUAAUUCACAAAGUGUGUUUCCUGGCGUCACUUCAUUGGCUUUUGACUAUGUUUUAUUUCAGCCUGAUCUCACUGGAACAGUCUAUAGUGUUCCAAAUCUCGAGAAUCUCUCUUUUGACAAUUGUCCUCAGAUUCAAAAUUUUGUGAUUAGCGCGCCAAAACUCAAGUGCUUGACUACUGACCGUAAUUUUCGAAGGGUGACUGAUUUCAGAUGGUUUGUGCUCCAUUUUGCUGUAAUCAGUACUCUUCAUUUGCAUGUAGAUUUGUUGUCGGUUUCACCUGAUGCAGUAGCUGCACAGACGUUCCCAAAUGCAACAAAUCUGAGAGUCGUUGUGAUUCAUAAUGCCAGUUUUUUUGGUGCGGAGCACUUCACUUUUGUUAUUGAAUUGAUUCAAAAAUGCCCAAAGCUAUGUGAACUUGGAAUUGAGACAUGGGAUUAUACAGAGAUGCAACGAUGAAGAUGUUUCCAGACAUUUGGCGAAUCCCUACAGCUGUGUUAUUAA